ACCGGCCGACCGGCCGGCGUCAGUGAGGUGAGCCGAGGCGGCCUACCGCUCCCAGCGUGCUGUGCGCGGGGCUGCUCCCGCCGCCGUCUCCCUGUGGUGAGCUCCCCCGGGAUUGGGCGUGGGCCGUGGAAGUCCCGCCCCCGUGCGCUAUAAGUGGGCCUUGGCGCCUCUGCUACCUGGCGAGUGGUAUCAGUUUGUACUGUGGUGGUGAUAAUGGCCUUUGACUUUCAGCGCCUGCAGGCCGCCCUGGGUAUGAGCGUCAAGCUCACCUUAACGUGUGGCGUUUUCCAGGGUGUGCUGCACCACAUUAAUCCUAGCUGUGACCUUCUGCUGCUGCACACAGUGAAGAACUUGGAGACUGGCAGGAGCUCCCCAGGAGUAAAGGCGUUUUUCAGCCGAGAAAUAGUCAAUGUGGAGUUGCUGGAUGAACCAGAUUCACAGAAGAGAACAGCAGUGCUGUAUGAGUGUACUUCAGCUGUAGAGAACAAAGGAGCAGACGCAGGAACAGUGCAUGGCAGCCUGGGCUGUUCUCCAUGUGCUUCCCUAGAGAAGGAGCUCAGAGCCUUGAAUAGCUUAAACAUGAACUCCUUCCCAGGGAAGGAGGAAGAAGAGAAAGUAGAGUAUACAGUUAUUGAUUGUUUCCAGGAGAAAUUUGGCCCAGCAGUGCUGCACCUGAAACAACAAGAUGUUAUCAGUGUUGUUGGAGAAGGUGUUAAUUUGUGUCCUCAUGGAAAACUCUCAUGGCUUCAGAUAGCAACAAAAAGCCAUGUUUUUCUAUUUGAUAUCUUCCUUCUGGGACCUCAAGCUUUCAGAAAUGGAUUACAAGCUGUGCUAGAAGAUAAAAACAUUUUGAAGGUCAUGCAUGACUGCCGUUGGAUCUCAGAUUGCCUCUUUCACCAGUACAGCGUACUUCUUGACAAUGUCUUUGACACACAGGUUGCUGAUGUUCUGCAGUUCUCAGUGGCAACGGGUGGCUUCUUUCCACACCGCACUUGCACGUUACAGGAGUGUCUGAUGCAGCACUUGAGGAUACCUUCCAAAUGGAAAACCCUCAUGAAGUGCAAGCAGCAAAUGGCUUUGGAGAAUCCUGAUACGUGGUUCUUGAGACCCCUUCCAGCUUCUCUGCUUCAAGUACUUGCUCUGAAGGCUAUGUGCCUUCUGUUACUGCACUCAUCUCUAAUGGAUAACUUCAUGGCGGACCUCACAGCUGUGGUACAUGCUUACUUAAAUACUUCACAGAACAGAUCUGAAGAUCACCUUGGGAGCAUGGAGGAUAGAAAUACUAUGAUUUGGAGAAAAGCCAGGAGAGGUGCCUUUGCAGUGACUCCUGCAAGGAAACAUGAACUGAUUCCUAAUUGCACAGAGCUGCCAAAGGAGCUGCGUCAGCUGGCAGACAUCCAGAAGCUGCGAAGGGAGAAAGCAGUGAAGGAGUACAGAAUAAACGAGGAUGGUCUUUUGAUCAGACCAGUCGUAGAAUUAAAUGACAGAAAUCCACAGAAGGAUGAAACCCUCUGAAAUGACAGGGACUGUCUUCCCCCAGAUGAAGCAGUGUGUCAAACUACAUCCUUCAACGGUCAGGAUCUACUUCAUCAGUGAAUGGAAGAAAAUCACAAACAAGUGUCAAGUCUGUAGGAGAACCUCAGACCAACAGACAGGUUGGCUGUAAAAAUCUUCAGUGCAGGUAACCUGAUAAGUUUGUUAUGUAUGUGAGGACAUAAGAUGGAGCUAUUCCUCAUGCAGAAGCACCAAACAAAAAUUCCUUCUUUACAAGGACAGGUGAGCAGACUGUUGAAGGGAAAUGUUGAUGGUCUCUCUAAUCCAAAUUUCUGUCUUCUUAAGAUGUAUUGAGAUCUUUUUUUUUUUCCCAUGAGCUGUUUUGGCUAUUGACUUUUUCUUUUAAUUUAUUUUAUCAGACUAUUAUCAGACUAUUGUCUUAAACUGAAAUGGUGCUUUUGUUGUUUUCAACUGUUGCAGGUAUGUAAAACUCUCACUCAAACCAAAUAUGUGAAGGGGGGAACUUGUAAGAUGCCUGUUUGAGAUAAGAAGGGGUUUGCUUGGAAAAGUUCUGUUCUUUAAAAAAAAAAAAAAGUUCUGGCCAGCCCAUGUGGGCUUGGUUUAUAGAUAAGUACAGCUAUGCCAAGAGACAAGUCUUGAAUAGGAGAGGUCAGGAGAUCACACCCUACUGAACAGCAGUGCUGGCAAAAACAGCAGAGGUGUACAGAUUAAAAAAAGGCUCUUUUCUGCCAAGACAGAAUUACUGCAUGCUAACUGGCAAACACAGCAUUCUGCUUAGAAAGUUACAACCCACCUCUGUCAGCACUACUGUGUUGUACUGUUACUGUCUUAUCUAUACGAGUAAUGUGUGUAUGCCAAAAAGCAUCUGUUCUAAAAGUAAGGGAAAGCAGUUAAAUUAGUGUAAACUCUGUCUAGCAUUUUCCCCAAGAAAGAUAGGCAAAAUUAAUUUCCAGUGUACUUUGUCUGUUAUUCGUUAAAAUACUAGACCACAAGUAAUUAAAUAAGGUUUUUGAAACUCCAGAUAUAUUUAUAUCUGGAACUGGCAGAAAAAAGUUGGAAGGUUUGAUCUUUCAUAGUGCACUUUUUGUAUUUUUCUCAUCUUUAGCAGUAUUCUGUAGUUGAAGUGCAUAGUUCUUUUAUCUUGGGUCACUGUAGAAAAAUAAAACAGGUUUGAAAUGUU